UGCUGGAACACCAUCGGCUGCAAGGCGGGCGAUGGUGUCGGCAUUGCCUUUGCCUUUGCCCUUGCCCUUGCUGCAGGAUCAACGCCGUCCCUCAUGCUCGGAGCUAAUCUUCUGCUCGCCUGGUUGGCCACCGUCAAUGGUAUGUUGCUCUGGAUGCUUCGUUUCAGAUAUACUUCAGCACGCGAAUGCUUUGCCGCCACCAGCGGUUUCCGGUCUCUCGCACCUUUGCCAGGGCCAUCACCUCCAUCGAGCCACCUCCAUCGAGCCACCUCCACCAUUGCCUCCGUCGUUUCGGCGGAUGUGGCAUAGAUAUGUAUCAUGUGUGUGCGUUGUUUGUUACAGCUGUCGACACCCGUCGGCGAUACC